GUGGUCUUUGUUUUUCCCACGCUUUCCAAAGGGUCGCCUGGCUCCUCCCGGCAUCUGGACCUGUCUGGGCAAGGCCUCUGAGGAAGGACUCAACUUGUGAGGGAAGGGAUGGUUCUUAAAGAAGCUAGACGGACUUAGGAGCCCUCAGAAAGGACUUGGCAGCUGAGCAAGAAGCUCUGGGUCAAGAUGGGAAAUCAAAGCUUGCUUGGGCUGGAAGCAGAAAAUGGCCCUGAGGCCAUCCCAGCUGGGAGCAGAGAGGAAUUCUGGGAAAGACCUGUGGGAAAGAUCCUGGCUGAUGGCAGCACCAGCUCAGAUGUCCGUUGCCUGCACUUCAGGCAGUUCCGCUACCAGGAGGCCGAGGGGCCCCGAGAGACAUGCAACCGACUCCACCAUCUUUGCCAGCUGUGGCUGAAACCAGAAAGGCACAGCAAGAAGGAGAUGCUGGACCUGGUGCUCCUGGAGCAGUUCCUGGCCGUCCUGCCCCCAGAGAUGGAGAGCUGGGUCAGGGAAUGUGGGCCGGAGACCUGUUCCCAGGCGGUGGCCCUGGCGGAAGGCUUCCUCCUGAGCCAGACAGAAGAUGAGAAGCAAGGAAGACAGUGCCAGGACCCAUCUAGAGGGGCUGAUGCUUUUCCUGGAGCAGAGAAGGCACCAUCCGAUCCAAGGCACAGGCCAUUCUCCUGGGGAACCAAAUGGGACAACGAUGGAAGUGUCAACCAGCUGGGCAGUGGAAGGACACUGGUAGGUCGUUCUGGACCUUCGAGCCUUUGUGGUGGACUGGAAGCUGCCUCCGAGCCACCGGAUCAGGGUCAGGUGACUCUAGAGGAGGUGUCCAUCUCUUUCACCCCGGAGGAGUGGGCUCUGCUGGAUCCGGGCCAAAGGGCUCUGCACUGGGAGGUCAUGGUGGAAAACUACAGGAAUGUGGCCCAUCUCGCAGAUGCAGUGUGGGAGUCAGCAACUGAAUAUCCAGUGACAGAAAGAGAAUGCCUAUAUUCAGAUGAGGAGGAGAACAUUGAAUAUUGUGAUGUAUUGAGGACGGAGGAGGAGGAGGAGGAAAAAACUCUUAAUGGGAGGGGAAAUCCUGAUAUUUUACAAGAUGAAAGUUCUCAAGAAAUUUCACCCCUUCAAAAACUAUACAAGGAAGGUUAUAGGAAUGAGAACACUGGAAGUGGGGGGAAAGUAUCUGAUAUUAAUAUGCAAUUGACCGCCCAUAACACAUGGAAAAUAUUUAAAUGCCUGGCAUGUGGGAAAGCCUUUGGGAGGAAAGAUAAACUAGCUUCCCACCAAAGAAUUCACACAGGGGAGAAACCAUACAAAUGCUUGGAGUGUGGGAAAGCCUUUGGGCGGAAAAAUAAUCUAGCUUCCCAUCAAAGAAUUCACACAGGGGAGAAGCCAUAUAAAUGCCUGGAGUGUGGGAAAGCCUUUGGGUGGAAAAAUAAUCUAGCUUCCCACCAAAGAAUUCACACAGGGGAGAAACCAUAUAAAUGCCUGGAGUGUGGGAAAAGUUUCAAUAUGAGUGGAAAGCUUAAUUGUCAUAAAAGAAUUCACACAGGGGAGAAACCAUAUAAAUGCCUGGAGUGUGGGAAAAGCUUCAGGCUGAGUGGAAAUCUUAAUUCCCAUCAAAGAAUUCACACAGGGGAGAGACCAUAUAAAUGCCUGGAGUGUGGGAAAGGCUUCACUGAAAGUGGAAGUCUUAAUUCCCAUCAGAGAGUUCACACAGGGGAGAAACCAUACAAAUGCCUGCAAUGUGGGAAAAGCUUCACUAAGAGAGCAAGCCUUAAUUCCCAUCAAAGAAUUCACACAGGGGAGAAACCUUAUAAAUGCCUGGAGUGUGGGAAAGCCUUUGGGUGGAAAGGUCAUCUAGCAACCCACCAAAGAAUUCACACAGGGGAGAAGCCAUAUAAAUGUCUGGAGUGUGGGAAAAGCUUCACUAGGAGUGAAAACCUUAAUUCCCAUCAAAGAAUUCACACAGGGGAGAAACCAUAUAAAUGCCUGGAGUGUGGGAAAGCCUUUGGGCGGAAAAAUAAUCUAGCUUCUCACCAAAGAAUUCACACAGGAGAGAAACCGUAUAAAUGCCUGGAAUGCUGGAAAAGCUUCAGUGAGAGUAGAAGCCUUAAUUACCAUCAAAGAAUUCACACAGGGGAAAAACCAUAUAAAUGUCUGGAGUGUGGGAAAAGCUUCACUAAGAGUGGAAGCCUUAAUUACCAUCAAAGAAUUCACAUAGGGGAGAAACCUUAUAAAUGCCUGGAGUGUGGGAAAGCCUUUGGGCGGAAAGAUAAUCUAGCUUCCCACCAAAGAAUUCACACAGGGGAGAAACCAUACAAAUGCUUGGAGUGUGGGAAAAGCUUCAGGCUGAGUGGAACUCUUAAUUCCCAUCAAAGAAUUCACACAGGGGAGAAACCAUAUAAAUGCCUGGAGUGUGGGAAAGCCUUUGGGCGAAAAAAUUAUCUAACUUACCACCAAAGAAUUCACACGGGGGAAAAGCCAUAUAAAUGCCUGGAGUGUGGGAAAAGUUUCAGUCUGAGUGAAAAGCUUAAUUGUCAUCAAAGAAUUCACACAGGGGAAAAACCAUAUAAAUGCUUGGAGUGUGGGAAAAGCUUCAGGAUGAGGGGAGAGCUUACUUGUCAUCAAAGAAUUCACACAGGGGAGAAACCAUAUAAAUGCCUGGAGUGUGGGGAAAGUUUCACUAAGAGUGGAAGCCUUAAUUCCCAUCAAAGAAUUCACACAGGGGAGAAACCAUAUAAAUGCCUGGAGUGUGGGAAAACCUUUGGGCGGAAAAGUUAUCUAGCAACCCAUCAAAGAAUUCACACUGGGGAGAAGCGAUAUAAAUGUCUGGAGUGUGGGAAAAGCUUCACUAGGAGUGAAAGCCUUAGUUCCCAUCAAAGAAUUCACACAGGGGAGAAACCAUAUAAAUGCUUGGAGUGUGGGAAAGCCUUUGGGCGGAAAAAUAAUCUAGCUUCUCACCAAAGAAUUCACACAGGAGAGAAACCGUAUAAAUGCCUGGAGUGUGGGAAAAGCUUCAUUGAGAGUAGAAGCCUUAAUUACCAUCAAAGAAUUCACACAGGGGAGAAACCAUAUAAAUGCCUGGCAUGUGGGAAAGCCUUUGGGAGGAAAAAUAAUCUAAUUUCCCACCAAAGAAUUCACACAGGGGAGAGACCAUACAAAUGCAUGGAGUGUGGGAAAGCCUUUGGGUGGAAAUCUCAUCUAGCUUCCCACCAAAGAAUUUGCAGAGUGAAGAAACCAUAUAAAUGUUCCGAGUGUGGGGAAAGCUUCAGUGAAAGUGGAACACUUACUGACCAUCAAAGAAGCCACACAAGAGAAACCAUGUAAAUUCCUGGCAUGUACAAACCCCUUUGGGUAGAAAGGAAUUCUAACUUCUUUUGAAGUGAACACCUUACUCGCUAUCAGGGUAGAUGGAGAUGGCAGAGAAGCUGUAGCAAAAUCAGAGUUAAUCUGAAUCCCUAUGAGUCCCCAGCCUCAAUCAUCCUUGUUUUUAGGAUUUAUUGGAUGGGUGGCCAUCUUGUCACUUGGCAUAACAUUGGAGGGGGGGAUGUAGAAAUGGCCUCCACUCCUCUACCCCCCCCCCCCGGGUUGUUGGCUCUCCACUUCGACCAAGAAAAGGAUCCCAAGGUGUCAGAUGGGGUGAUUCAAGAGCUCUCUUUCAGUCUCUGCCUUCUUUUCAUUCUCAUGGAGCUGUCCUCAGGUGUAUAGAAAACCAUACAGUUGGUAUUACACUAUUUUACUGUUAUUCGUUACACUAUUAAGUGCAGGAGUGUAAAUUUGUAAUCCCAUUUUAUUAAACUGUUGAUUGACUA